AUGUCGAUCACGGCCGAUGGAGAAAAGGCCAUCUCUGCCCGUUUUGAUGACGGGCAGAGCGUCAAGAAUGGUGAAGGGACAUCAUCUCAGGAAGAUGCUGGGCACAGCUUGCAGAGGAAUCUCCACUCCCGCCAUGUCACCAUGAUUGCCCUUGGAGGCGCCCUCGGGACGGGUCUCUUGGUUGGAACUGGUUCCACUCUCGUCAAGGCCGGUCCUGCAUCCAUCCUGAUCGACUACAGCAUCGUCGGCUUCGCCGUCUUCCUGGUCAUGUCCGCCAUGGGUGAAGUCAUCUCGUUCAUGCCGCUUGCUCAUGGCUUCGGCGGAUACGCGUCGCGCCUCGUCGAUCCGGCCCUUGGGUUCGCUACAGGAUACACCUACUUCUUCAGCUUCCUCGUCGCCGUGCCGAACCAGAUCGCGGCGUUUGCUCUGAUAAUGAAGUUCUGGGUCGGAGAAAGUGUCAGUCCAGCCGUCUUCAUCACCGUCGCUAUUGUCAGUAUCGUCAUCAUCAACAGCGUUGGCGUCAAGGCCUUUGGCGAGUUUGAGUUCUGGCUCUCGGCAUUAAAGGUCAUCAUCUUGAUUGGUCUCAUCCUGCUGCUCCUCAUCCUAGCAGCUGGUGGUGGCCCUACUGGUGACCGUCCGGGCUUCCGCUACUGGAGCGACCCCGGCGCUUUCGCCGCGUAUAGGGUUGAAGGUGCGACCGGACGUCUCCUCGGCCUGUGGAGUGCAAUGAUCACCGCUGUUUACGCCUUCACCGGUACCGAGCUUGUGGGAGUGACUGUAGGCGAGACACAAAACGCCAGACUCGCCAUGCCCAAAGCUAUCAAGCUGACCUUCUACCGCAUCCUGUUCUUCUACGUCACUUCUGUCUUCCUUCUUGGCCUCGUGGUCCCCUAUAACAGCCCCGAACUUGCCUUUGCCACCACACACAAGACAAGUGCCGCCGCAUCUCCCUUCGUGGUGGCUAUCAAGCUGGCCAAGAUCAAAUGGUUAGAUCACAUCAUUAACGGCUGUCUGGUCGUGUUCGUUUUCUCGGCGGCGAACUCGGAUCUGUACAUCGCCGCCCGCACGCUAUAUGGCAUCUCGGUCGAUGGAAAAGCUCCCGAGGUCCUCUCGCGCACAACCAAGAACGGCGUUCCGUAUGUUUCAGUUGGGUUCUGUGGCCUCUUCUGUUCUCUCGCCUACAUGUCGAUAUCUGCGGGCUCUCAGACCACUUUUCAGUACCUUUCUAAUGUGGUGUCGGUCUUUGCCAUUCUAGCCUGGGUCUCUAUCCUGGUCACGCACAUCUUCUUCUGCCAUGCCAUAAAGGCCCAGCGUAUCGACUCUGCGUACAUCCCCUACCGAGCUCCAUUUGGAGUGAUGGGAUCAUAUGUGGCAGUAACCUUUUUCGCGAUCCUGGCUCUCACGCAAGGCAUUAACUCAUUUGUUCUGGAGUUUGACUACCGAGGGUUCAUUGUCACAUAUAUAGGUAUUCCUCUGUAUUUGGGCUGUAUCUUGGGCUUCAAGUACACCCGCAAGACUAAGCGUGUUCGAGCAUGCAGCGCGGAUCUGGUUACUGGUGUUCCGACGGAGACUGUGAAAGAGGAGAGAGGCCGUGUUGAGGCGGCCAGGAGGGAAACAGAGUCGGCUGCUACUCGAAGGUAUGCCAAGUUCUAUAAUACUAUGAUCUACUGGCUCUUCUAG